GUGGGAGACCUCCGCGCGGAUAAAGCCUGACAGAAUUGGAGGGAGAGGAGGAGAAGCAAGGACGCUGCGUAAAAAGACGCGCCGGCUCAGACUACCCGUCCAAAAAAAAAAAAAAAAAAAAAAAAAGGCGCCGAAGCCAAGACGGGACUCACGCGGGCUAUAGCGCUCCUUAAGCGGAUAAACUGUCGCGCCGGUGGUCGGGGAGAGGACCACCUUCCCCUUGUGUGCCCCUCCAUGGAUGUACUUUGAGUGGUUGUCCUCGCACCAGGGGCCGGGCAGCUGUCGCCACUCGAGGAAGGGAGGGGGGCGGGGGGUGUUGGGCCGGGGGCCUGACUGUGGAUGGUGGUUCUGAUGGAUUUAGAAGCCUGCGGAUACGCAAGAGCCCACUUAAGAAACGUGAUUUGGUAUUUCUUUUAAAGUGGCACCAAGUGGACUACGUGAUCCAAAUGAGGAUUUCGAUAUAUCAAGCGCUGGGAUAAGGAGUGAUUGCACCUCCACAAAAAAAAAAAAAAAAAAAAAAAUCAACAACAACAACAACAACAACUGUGAGGAGACAAGAGGAUCCAGAUUUGAGGACCGGCGGCGUUGCCGAUGCCAGGAGCCAGCGUGUGAGGCCGAAUCCGGGCUUCCUGCGUUGACAUCGCAGCCUUUGAAUGAGCCUCGAGAAGAUCAGGAUGGUGAGGGUCUGCGCGCUGUGCCUGCUCCUGCUCUGCUGUUCCAACCGACUCUCAGCCAGAUCCCACGACAGAGCGGGAAGAACGAAAGAUAUUCGAAUGCCAAGGCCUCUGAUCAUGCCAGGUUACCCAGAAAACAUCACAGCAACAGUGACCGGUCAGGCGAAGCUGCUGUGUAAAGUUCACCGGCCGGCGUCCACCAAGGUGCAGUGGUUAAAGGUGGAGCUCGGGGGGGCAGGCCGGGGCCCCGGAGGACCACCACGCCUCAGACCCCUCACGCCCCUGCGGAGCAACGCGUCCAAGGUGAACACACUGCAUCUGUCCAACAUCAGCAUGGAGGAUGCCGGCGAGUACAUCUGCAUGGCCGAGAACAAGCAUGGCGGGAAAACCGUGCAAGCCAUGCAGUCGGCGUGGCUAGAUGUCCUUCCGGGUACCAUUAUUUCCAAAACGGUGGACUUGACAAAAACAGCGAUCCCACAAGAUAUUCUUGGGGACCUGAGUGAGGAGACCACGGAGCAUGUCCUCCUCGAGCCAGGCAAUGUCCUAAAACUGCGCUGUGACAUGACCACUCGGCCAGGCAUGGCGGUCAAUUGGUAUAAAGAGGGAACUCGGCUGGCGCCCACGCCCCGAAUCCAGAUCCGUGGCACUGUCAUGGAGAUCGCCGACGUCACAUACGAGGACUCGGGAGUUUAUGUGUGCGCCCUCCGCGGUACCCGAGGACCCGUGAGGAACUUCACUGUCACUGUGACCGAGUCGUCGGGCUCAGGGGAUGACGAUGAGGACAACGGCUUGGAAGACUCAUCUGAGGUUGAAAAUGAUCACGUUUAUCUUUCAAGAGGUCCCUAUUGGACCCACACUCAGCGUAUGGAGAAGAACCUGUAUGCUGUCCCGGCAGGCAACACAGUGAAGUUUCGUUGCCCGGCCAUGGGGAGCCCCAUGCCCAGUAUUCGUUGGCUCAAAAAUGGAAGGGAGUUUCGAGGCGAGCACCGUAUUGGGGGCAUCAAGCUGAGGCAUCAACAUUGGAGCCUGGUGAUGGAGAGCGUUGUGCCUUCAGACAGAGGAAAUUACACCUGCAUGGUGGAAAAUAAAUAUGGUUCCAUUUCUCACAGCUAUGUUCUUGAUGUCCUGGAGCGCUCCCCCCAUAGGCCCAUCCUGCAGGCAGGUCUACCGGCCAACACCACAGCAGUAGUGGGCAGCGAUGUCCAGUUCCACUGUAAAGUCUACAGUGACGCGCAGCCACACAUCCAGUGGCUCAAACACAUCGAGAGAAACGGCAGCCGAUACGGUCCUGACGGGACGCCCUACGUCCAGGUUCUCAAGACUGGCAGUCUGAACAUGUCCGAGGUGGAGGUGCUCUACUUGUCUAAAAUCACCAUGGAUGAUGCAGGAGAGUACACAUGUCUGGCUGGAAAUUCAAUUGGUUUUGCCUACCAGUCGGCCUGGCUCACCGUCCUUUCGGAGGAACAAGCUGCAGACUCCAUGGACACCAUCGAGACCAAGUACACUGAUAUCAUCAUCUACGCUUGUGGCUUCCUGGCUCUGAUCAUGGCCAUCGUCAUCGUGGUUUUGUGUCGGAUGCAAGUCCACCCCAGACGGGAACAGUUUGAUGCCCUACCGGUCCAGAAGCUUUCCAAGUUCCCGCUGCGAAGACAGUACUCGGUGGACUCAAACUCAUCAGGGAAGUCCAGUGCGUCUCUGAUGAGGGUGGCUCGCCUUUCAUCCAGCUGCUCUCCCAUGCUGGCCGGAGUGAUGGAGUUUGAAUUACCAUAUGACCCUGACUGGGAGUUCCCCAGGGACAACUUGACACUGGGGAAACCUCUGGGGGAAGGAUGCUUUGGCCAAGUGGUUAGAGCUGAGGCCUAUGGCAUCAACAAGGACUCACCAGACCAGGCCACCACUGUAGCGGUGAAGAUGCUCAAAGACGAUGCCACCGACAAAGAUCUCGCAGACCUCAUCUCCGAGAUGGAACUGAUGAAGGUGAUGGACAAACACAAGAACAUCAUCAACCUGCUUGGAGUCUGCACUCAAGACGGACCUCUGUAUGUACUAGUGGAGUACGCCUCAAAAGGCAGUCUGCGGGAGUACCUGCGAGCACGAAGGCCUCCGGGCAUGGACUACACCUUCGACGUGACCAAGGUGCCCGAGGAGCAGCUCACCUUCAAGGACUUGCUUUCUUGCGCCUACCAGGUGGCCCGAGGGAUGGAGUACCUGGCCUCCAAACGGUGCAUCCACCGAGAUUUGGCGGCCAGGAACGUCCUGGUGACGGAGGACAACGUGAUGAAGAUCGCCGACUUCGGCCUGGCUCGGGGCGUCCACCAGAUCGACUACUACAAGAAGACCACCAAUGGACGCCUGCCAGUGAAGUGGAUGGCACCCGAGGCCUUGUUCGACCGGGUAUACACGCACCAGAGCGACGUGUGGUCGUUCGGCGUGCUCAUGUGGGAGAUCUUCACCCUAGGGGGCUCGCCGUACCCCGGUAUUCCUGUCGAGGAGCUCUUCAAGCUGCUGAAGGAAGGACACCGCAUGGACAAGCCCUCCAACUGCACCCACGAACUCUAUAUGAUGAUGCGCGAGUGUUGGCAUGCUGUUCCCACCCAGAGGCCCACCUUCAAACAGCUUGUGGAAGAACUGGACAGAGUACUGCUGUCCAUCUCUGAUGAGUACUUGGACCUGUCGACGCCGUUCGAGCAGUACUCGCCGUCGUGCGAGGACACGUCCAGCUCCUGCUCCUCGGACAACGACUCUGUUUUCACCCACGAUGCCCUGUCCACCGAACCGUGCCUGCUGGGCUACCAGGAUGCGCGACCCCACGGGGACCCCAAGACGCCGCUCUGAUAAGACCCCAAUGCCGGUCGGUGGCCAAAAAUGGACAUCCCCCCCCCCCCCCCUCCCCAAACACGCUUACACGUAUGGAGCACUGAGGACAUGUUGUACUUUGGACACCAGCAGCUGGGACGUUUUCGUAAACCGCGGCACUAAAACCCACUCGAAGACACGCCAGAAGGAGCCCGAAAGGGUGAAAAUGUUAUUUUUAAAGACAUUUUAUUUUAACAAGGAAAAAAAUAUAUAGAUUUAUUUUGCUAUGUUAAAAAAGAAGCGAUUGUUAAUUAUAAAUCUCUCUAUAUAAGAUUAUUUUACUUUUGUGUUGCUUAUUUAAAAAAACAAAAAAAAAGUCUUAAAUCUCAGGAUCUCUUGUGCUUAAAAGAAAAAGAAGAAAAAGUUGGAAGUGCCUGAAUUUAUGAUUUCCUGUGAAUAUAUUAGAAUAAUAAAAUAUUGUAUGUAUAUAUCAUCAAGUGGUAAUGCAAAUACAAUUGCCUUUAUAAAUUAUUUUGUAUGACACUAAAUGGCGUGACGCCUCAAAUGUUUGGACCAAAAUCUCCAGGCCUCAUUUAUUUUAUUUUUAAUAUUUUUUAAUACAAUUUUAAUUGUUGUUUACUUUUUAACAGCAUUAUUAUGAUUUGAUUUGUUUUACAAAUAAUAUUUUUAAUUGGAUUUUCUAAGGACUUUUUAAAGGCAUUUUUUUCAAUAAAUAGCAUUUCUUUAAUUUUUUCGAAAUACCAUUUAAUUGUAGUUUUCUUUAUUUUUUUUUUAAUAAAUAGCAUUUGAGAACAAUUUGAACAAG